UUGGCCAUCGCAACUCACAUUUUCGCUGAAAACAAGUUACAUUUGCCAGCGGCUAAAUGUUGGGCCAAGGUCAAGGACACCCCCUACAAAUUCUUGGCUCUCCCUGCAAUUCAGAAACUUUCAAAGACAGAAGGAAAUCCUUUAGUCAUUGAAGUUUUCAAUGAAUUUUGCAAGGUUGAUGAACAAGAACCAAAGACAUCAUUGGAAUUGUUCUCUAGUGCUGAAGGAAAGGCAAUUGUUGGAGAUGUCGAAGGUGCUAAGAAGGAUUUGUUCAAGGCAAUCCAGAUGAAGGACAUGAAAUACAAAUUAGCACUCAAACAAUAUACAAUUGUUAAGUCUUUCUUCAGGAAUGAGAAUUUGAUCAAAGAAGGACUCGAAUUGUUCGAAAAAACUUAUAAUGAAUUUGAAUUCGAUUUGAUGGAUGAGGAUAAGUACAAAGAAGAACAUUCUCAUGAAGCAAAACAAGCUAAAAAGAAUGCUGAACAACAGCAAAAAUAA